UUACGAGUUCGAGGAAUGCACAAACACAAUCCUCACAGUUGGUAUCCAAUAAACUAAAUGAAUAACAAAAUUACGCGAAUUCGUAAUGAUUACAAAACUUUACAAACCCAGCAUACUUGGGCGCCAAUAUCCGAGAGCAAGGACCAAUUUAGUUUCAAGUUUCCAUCGAGUGAGCAGUCGGCUGAACUAAUCAAUUCGACGAAUCGAAUAGACUAUAUAACCGCUUCUCAUGCCUAUUUCCGUCGAGAUCCAUUGAAACCGAUUAAGCUAGUUCCUCGUCCAUGUGAAAAACUUGUGUGCCAUACCCCGGCUGAUACCUACAAAUUUGGGCUCAACUGUAGCAAGCAUGUGGAACGCCCGGUCAACGUUAUUCACACGAACGAAACGGGCUUUGCUCGAAUCGUCGAUCCUUAUCUUAGCACUACAGGUCUCGUUUACGUCCCACAAGAACACAAAUUAAACGAUUGCAUUACAUUUUGGAAUUGGACAACUCACGACUCAAAUGGAACACAGGUAGUAAAAGAACGGGAAUCGGUGCCUAGUGUUAUGAUAUCCCGUUCGAAAAAACCGUUGCGUAUGGCUUUCAGUAGCGAAAUAGCAGAUAAAUUUCUGUCACCCAUGGUUAGUAAUCCCAUAAAUCAUAACCAAUUGAGUAUUCCAACAAAAAUGCUAACAUUAGUACCAACCGAUCGUAUGGAAAGUUCAUCAGAGAAUAGAACAUACGGAUCGAAUAUUAAUUGUGCAAGAAUUUUUAAACAAACUAAAUAAACUGUUUGCAAACAUGAAAUAGUUAAUCACAAAAACGAAUCUUCAACUAAAAACUAGAGGUGUAGUUUUUUUACAAAACGAAGCAAAUAAAAUUCUUGGCAU